AUGCUUCUUCUUCCAGCUGCUGCUCUGUGCUGUCUGUGUUCAGUGCUGGUUGCCAUGGCAGCAGAGCUGAUUCAGGAUGAUUUAACACUGACCAGGAGAGCUGGUGAAAAAGUCUCCUUCACCUGUCGACGCACUGACCAGUGUAGCACUGACUAUGUUCACUGGUUUCAGAAAAAAGACACGGGAACAUUCACAAAGAUUCUGGAAAUUAAGAAGACAAAUUGUCAAGUUUAUUCCGGUUACAAUCAUCCUCAGGAAGCUGAUUUUUCAGCUGUGAAUAAACAGAAUGGCUGUGAGUUGGAGAUCCAGAAAGUUAAACCCAGUCAUUCAGCCACCUACUACUGCUACUGUUGGGGUAAUAAUCCCCACAGUGAGAAAAGUGUGGGCUGGCUCUUUGGCUCUGGAGCUAAACUGUAUGUAACAGAUGAGCAGGUUGUGAAACCCGUGGUGAGCGUGUACCCAGCAGCAUCCAGAGCCCACCUGGAGGGGAAGAGCUCCCUGCUGUGUCUGGCCUCAGCCAUGUUUCCCCCUCUGGUCCAGUUUUCCUGGAAAAGACGAAAGGAGAAUGGACCUCUGGAGAAGCUGCCCCCUGCUGAGGGAGAGGAGCUGGAGCUCAGAGAGUUGGGACACAGUGCUGCCAUCCUGCUGAUCCAUCAGCAAGAGAACAGCGCAUAUAAAUACCGCUGCUACGUCCAGCAUGAGGGGGGAACAGUGGAGGCCGACACAGAACAAGAGGUUUCUACCUUUCCACCAUCACUUCCACCUGCCAUUGCUUCUGUCCUGUCUCAGUACCAAGUGAAGCUGUUCUGUGUACUGUACACAGUGCUGAUAGUGAAGAGUCUGGUGUACUGCUGUGGACUUUUUCUAUUGAUGGUCCUCAGAAACAAGGGACCGCUGACAAACUACACACAUGGUAACUGA